UCUACACAUUCCCCUCAACUCCAAAGUUGGUUUGCCUAUCCUUUCCAAAUUUAUCUCUCUACUUCCUUUCAUUAUAUUAAUAUUCUCUUGUUUUGAAGAAGGGUGUUCAAGAACUUCAUUCUGAAUUUAGUUCCUCUUUUUAAUUUCUAUAUUGUUUUCUUCGCAUGCAUAUGCUAUACUAUGGCGGCUGUCUCGUUACGUUCAUUUGGAUAUCUGCAUCGUCUUUUGCUUAUUAUACUCAUUACAACAUUAUUUAUUAAUACAUUGGCGUUCAGUUCAUCUCUAUCAAGGCGAGCUCUACAGAAACCAAAUAAGUUGCCUAGUCAUGGCUUCAGGGUGAGGCUUAAACAUGUGGAUCAUGUGAAGAAUUUGACGAGAUUCGAGCGGUUGCGGCGUGGGGUGGCACGUGGGAAAAAUAGAUUGCAUAGACUAAAUGCCAUGGUGUUGGCCGCUGCCAACGCUACGGUUGGUGACCAAGUGAAGGCACCGGUGGUUGCAGGUAAUGGUGAGUUUCUUAUGAAGUUGGCCAUCGGAAGUCCGCCGAGAAGCUUUUCGGCGAUCAUGGAUACAGGCAGCGAUCUGAUAUGGACACAAUGCAAGCCUUGUCAACAGUGUUUUGAUCAAUCAACCCCUAUUUUUGAUCCCAAACAAUCUUCUUCUUUCUAUAAGAUUUCAUGCUCGAGCGAGCUCUGUGGAGCUCUCCCAACGUCAACAUGCAGUAGCGACGGGUGUGAGUAUUUGUACACAUAUGGAGAUUCUUCCUCCACCCAAGGUGUUUUGGCUUUUGAGACCUUCACCUUUGGAGAUUCAACUGAAGAUCAGAUAUCGAUCCCUGGACUCGGGUUUGGAUGCGGAAACGAUAACAACGGAGAUGGGUUCAGCCAAGGCGCAGGGCUAGUGGGGCUAGGGCGAGGACCCUUAUCAUUGGUUUCUCAACUAAAAGAGCAAAAGUUUGCUUAUUGUUUAACCGCCAUUGAUGAUUCAAAACCAAGCUCUCUUUUGUUAGGAUCUCUAGCAAACAUAACACCUAAAACAUCAAAAGAUGAAAUGAAAACAACCCCAUUGAUCAAAAACCCUUCUCAACCAUCCUUUUACUAUCUUUCUCUCCAAGGAAUCUCAGUUGGUGGAACUCAAUUAUCAAUACCAAAGUCCACUUUUGAGCUCCAUGAUGAUGGGAGUGGAGGAGUAAUCAUAGAUUCAGGCACAACAAUCACUUACGUUGAGAACUCAGCUUUCACUUCACUCAAAAAUGAGUUCAUUGCUCAAAUGAAUCUUCCCGUUGACGAUUCCGGUACUGGUGGUCUUGACCUCUGCUUUAACCUACCUGCCGGGACAAAUCAGGUGGAGGUUCCGAAGUUGACGUUUCAUUUCAAGGGCGCGGAUUUGGAGCUGCCCGGGGAGAAUUACAUGAUUGGGGAUUCAAAAGCGGGAUUGCUGUGCUUGGCCAUUGGGAGUUCUAGAGGAAUGUCCAUCUUUGGAAAUCUACAGCAACAAAAUUUCAUGGUUGUUCAUGAUCUUCAAGAAGAAACCCUAUCUUUUUUGCCAACUCAAUGUGAUAGUAUAUAAAAAGAACUUGAAAGAAAUUGUUUGAUUACAAUAGAGUGAAAUGUAAGGAAGAAUAUAAAUGUUUGGAGUGAAAUGAUAUAAAGUUGUUGAUUAAGAAAAAAAAUAAUAAUAUUAUUUUUCAUGGAUAUCCAUAGUUUGUUCA